AUGAAGUGUAAGAGAAAGAUGGAUUCACAAAACAUGAAUCCGAGUUCAGUUUUUCCAGAUGAAGUGCUGGAGAGAAUUCUCAGCAUGCUGCAAUCACGCAAAGACAAAAGCUCAGUCUCAUUAGUUUGCAAAGACUGGUUCAACGCGGAAAGAUGGUCGAGGAAGAAUGUGUUCAUAGGUAACUGUUAUUCCGUUACACCAGAGAUCUUGACUCGGAGAUUUCCAAAUGUUCGAAGUGUUACCUUGAAAGGGAAGCCACGUUUCUCUGAUUUCAACCUUGUUCCUGCUAAUUGGGGUGCUGAUAUUCAUCCAUGGUUGCUUGUUUUUGCGGAAAAAUACCCUUUUCUUCAAGAGUUAAGGCUUAAGAGAAUGGCUGUUACUGAUGAGAGUCUAGAGUUUCUUGCUUUUUCGUUUCCGAAUUUCAAAGCGCUUUCGCUUUUGAGCUGUGAUGGUUUUAGCACUGACGGUUUAGCUGCUGUUGCCACUAAUUGCAAGAACUUAACUGAGCUUGACAUACAAGAGAAUGGUAUCGAAGACAAAAGCGGUAACUGGUUGAGUUGCUUCCCAGAAAGCUUUACAUCAUUGGAAGUGUUGAACUUUGCCAACCUAACCAGUGAAGUAAACAUCGACGCGCUGGAGAAACUUGUUGGUAGGAGCAAAUCAUUAAAGACUUUGAAGGUUAACAAAAGCGUAACGCUGGAACAGCUAAAAAAACUUGUAGUUCGCGCCCCUCAGUUAUGCGAGCUUGGCAGUGGCUCAUUUUCGCAAGAGCUGACAUGUCAGCAGUAUGCAGAGCUCGAAACUGCAUUCAAAAAUUGUAAAAGUCUUCACACCCUUUCUGGUUUAUGGGUGGCUUCAGCGCGAUAUCUUCAAGUUCUAUACCCUGCGUGUGCGAAUCUGACUUUCUUGAAUUUUAGUUAUGCUCCUCUUGAAAGUGAAGAUCUUACUAAGCUUCUUGUUCAUUGUCCUAAUCUUCGACGUCUUUGGGUUCUCGACACAGUUGAAGACAAGGGACUGGAAGCUGUUGGAUCAUACUGUCCAUUACUCGAAGAACUGCGUGUUUUUCCUGCAGAUCCAUUUGACGAGGAUGCUGCGCACGGGGUUACUGAAUCAGGAUUUGUUGCUGUCUCUGAAGGAUGCCGGAAGCUUCACUAUGUUCUCUACUUUUGCCGUCUAAUGACCAAUGCUGCUGUUGCUACCGUUGUCCAAAACUGCCCCGACUUUACUCAUUUCCGCCUCUGCAUCAUGAACCCUGGCCAGCAAGAUUACCUGACAGACGAAACUAUGGACGAGGCCUUCGGAGAAGUUGUUAAGAACUGCACUAAACUUCAGAGGCUUGCUGUAUCGGGUUAUCUAACUGACCUUACAUUCGAGUAUAUAGGAAAGUAUGCCAAAAACUUGGAAACACUUUCGGUGGCUUUUGCGGGAAGCAGUGAUUGGGGAAUGGAAUGUGUACUGGUUGGAUGUCCGAAGCUGAGAAAACUCGAGAUAAGGGAUUGUCCAUUCGGCAAUGCAGCACUUUUGGCAGGUUUGGAGAAGUACGAGUCAAUGAGAUCACUUUGGAUGUCGUCCUGCAGACUGACCAUGAAUGGAUGUAGAUUGUUAGCAGUAGAAAAGCCGAGGUUGAACGUCGAAGUUAUGCAGGAAGAAGGAGGCGAUGAUAGUCGGGCUGAAAAACUUUAUGUUUAUCGUUCCGUAGCCGGGCCAAGAAAGGAUGCACCUCCUUUUGUUCUCACUCUCUGA